UCACCCUCUGCUUCUCUUCUGCUUUUAGCUGCCUUUCCUCAUCGGCUGAACCUCUUUUACUUGGCCAACGAUGUCAUACAGAACUGCAAGAGAAAAAACGCCAUUGUGUUUCGCGACACAUUUGCCGAAGUGCUCCCUGAAGCCGCCGCUUUGGUGAAAGAUCCAUCUGUCUCCAAAUCUAUAGAAAGGAUUUUUAAAAUCUGGGAAGACAGAAAUGUGUAUCCAGAGGAAACCAUUGCAGUUCUAAAAGAAGCUUUAAGUUCCACUUUCAAAACUCAGAAGCAGCAGAAAGAAACUCAGAGCAAACAACCGACUAAGUCUUGGAAGAAAUCUCAAACCUCUACUAAUCCUAAAGCGGCUUUGAAAUCCAAGAUCGUGGCAGAAUUUCGCCCACAGUCUCUGGUGGAUGAGCUCCUCUCCCACAAGCGCUCGGAAGACCAGAUUGAGCUGAAGGAGAAGCAGCUGUCCACCAUGCGGGUGGAUGUUUGCAGCACCGAGACCCUGAAAUGCUUGAAAGACAAAACAGGAGGGAAGAAAUUCUCCAAGGAGUUUGAGGAAGCAAGUGCGAAGCUGGAAGAGUUUGUCAACAGCCUGGACAAGCAGGUGAAGAACGGCCCGUCCCUGACAGAAGUGCUGGAGAACGCGGGCAUCUUCUACGAAGCCCAGUACAAGGAGGUCAAGGUCGUGGCCAAUGCUUACAAAACCUUUGCCAACAGAGUGAACAAUCUCAAGAAGAAACUGGAUCAGUUGAAGGCGACCCUUCCUGACCCGGAGGAGUCACCUGUCCCCUCACCAAGCAUGGAUGCUCCAUCCCCAACGGGCUCUGAGUCCCCUUUCCCAGGAAUGGGGGAAGAAGAUACCUCCCCUUCGCCAGAGGUGGCACGGAAAAAAUCUCCAUCUCCAGAGCUUGCCACAGACAAUCGGGACGUGGAGGACAUGGAGCUCUCCGACGUGGAUGAUGAUGCCCCCAAAAUUAUCGUGGAAGAGAGAAAGGAGAAACCAGCUGCUUCAGCCCCAGCCCCUGCCAAGAUGACUGACAGCACCCCCAAAGCCACCCCGUUGACAGCGGCCACGACAGCGGUAGCUGCAGCUUCCGUAGCCACGCCGGCAGUUGCACCCGUGCUGGCACCAACCCCCAUCACUCCUCCAGCCUCCAAGCCGGUGAGCCAAGCCCCUCUUCCUCCGUCGCCAGCUCUCACCUUGCCGAACCUGGCUAAUGUGGAUUUGGCCAAGAUCAGCUCUAUUCUCAGCAGCCUGACUUCCGUUAUGAAGAACACAGGGGUCAGUCCUGCCUCGAGACCUUCCCCCGGCACCCCAGCGAGCCCCACGACACUCAUGGGCGGCUUGAAGACUCCAGUUACGGGACCUCUGGUAGCUCCGCCCAACCCCUUGGCAAACAUCCUCUCCAAAGUGGAGAUCACCCCAGAGAGCAUCCUCUCCGCCCUCUCAAAGACACAGGCUCAAGCUGCCCCGGGCUUGCAAGGUUUGUCCUCAUUUCUUCAGAGCGUUGCUGGAAAUUCAGGCCAGCCCAGCGAGACGGCACCCCAGAGCACAUCUCCGGCACCUGCAAACACAACCGCUGGUUCUGGGAAAGGAAGGAAUGUUUUGUCUAACACCCAGUCCUUUGUGCCCCAAAGUCUUGGUUAUUCGCCAAAUUCAUCCUCCUCAGCGGAGGUUUCUUCCACCUCUGUCAACAAGAUGCCCUCUGGACAUGGUCCGGGGCUCUCAGGGGCCAAUUUCAAGCCUCCAACCAAUUCCCUGGGGUUUGCCAGCUCACAGGCCCCCAGCCCUUCCCUUCGGCCCAUCGAGAACCCAACACCUCAGUCUUCUGAGAUCUCCGAAACGAAGAUGGAGUCGGAGCCCACUUCGCCUAGUCUGGAGAUGAAGAUACACAACUUCCUGAAGGGAAAUCCGGGGUUCAGCGGCUUAAAUCUGAACAUCCCCAUUUUGAGUAGCUUGGGCUCUUCCAGCCUCCCGCCUGAAAGCCAUUCCUCAUCCCCAGAUUUCAACCGUGGGCCCACCAGCACUUCAAUGGACAGCAUAGAUGGGACUCCGGUCCGUGACGAACGGAGUGGGACGCCUACGCAGGACGAGAUGAUGGACAAGCCGUCCUCCAGCAACGUGGACACCAUGUCUCUGCUGUCAAAGAUUAUCAGCCCUGGCUCUUCCACUCCAAGUAGUACAAGGUCGCCUCUUCAGAGCCGGGAUGACAGCUACCCCCAGGAAUUGUCUAAUUCGGCGUACAGGUCUUUUGGUCUGAGCCGGGAUUCUCCUGCCGGUAUGUAUAAGCAGUCCUCAGAUGGCAUCGAGCUACCUUCCUCGUUGAUGGACUCCCCGCAGGAGAAGUUCUACCCUGAUACCUCCUUCCAGGAAGAUGAAGAUUACCGCGACUUCGACUACCCGGGUCCUCCGCCGUCUGCCUUGGUGAACCUGGAGAAGCAGCCGGCCAAAUCCAUCCUUAAAUCGGGUAAGCUUUCUGACCCCUCGGAAUACCAAACGGUUAUGUCGAGCUACCGUCAGAGGCCCUCGGGGUUUGGCCUGAAAGCGUCUUUCCCCCAGUCCGUAAGAUCUCUCCACGACCAGAGCGAUAACUGCGAGCCUCUGCCCUCUCCGGGAAUGUAUGGGAGCUACGGUUUGCGGGGAAACGACUCCAGCUCGGACGCUUCCCCGACGCCGAGUAAGAACGACGUCUUCUUCCCGCCGGAUUCCAAUCACAGUAGCUUGCCCAAAUCCGUACAGCACUCAGGCCUGCUGCAGAAGCAGUAUCCCGACUCCCCCCACUUGGUUUCCCAACGGUCCCUCUUCUCUUCUCAAAACACGCUCGUGACCCCCGCCAGCCGACUCCCGACAUCCAAUGCUGAUAAAUCCGCCAUGUCUUCCAUCUCGGCCACCUCGACCAUCGAGUUCAAGAACAUGCUUAAAAAUGCGUCCCGGAAGCCCUGUGAGGAAGGCAAGCAUUUUGGCCAGGUCCCCAAAGGCGGCGCCAGCGAUGGCCCCGGGCUUUCUCCGGGAGGGGAGCAGCAGAAGCAGCAAGAGGAGCACUACCGGAUCGAGACCAGGGUGUCCUCAUCCUGCUUGGACUUGCCCGACAGCACUGAGGAGAAGGGGGCACCCAUUGAGACGCUGGGGUACCACAACGCCUCCAGCAGGGGAAUGUCGGGAGAGCCCAUUCAGACGGUGGAGUCCAUCCGAGUCCUUGGGAAGGGGAGCAGAGGGCACGGGAGAGAAGCCUCCAGAACAGGCUGGUUUGAGAUGAGCGGUGCAGGGAGUACUUUCGAUCACGGGCCUUCGGGCACAACAGAGAUGGCCGCCCUGGGGACCGGCGGUGGUGGUGGCGGCGGCGUGUCGAGCUUCCAGAGCCAGUACAAGGACCGCCUGGCGUCGUUUCAGGAGAAUGUCAGCAACUUCCGAGCCGCUGGCUUCGGUGCCCCCUUUGACCGCCACGUGCCACCGCCUCCCCUCGAGCAUGGGGCUUCCUUCCCAAGGGACCAGAUUGGGCCACCCCCCUCGGGCCCUCAGCCUCUUCCGCCCAAGGAUCUCAGCACCCUGUUCUCGAGAGAUCACUCGGUCCCCCCACCACGGAUGCCAGCAGUGGAUCACGGCAGCCCCUUCUCGAAGGAGGCGUCCUCCCCGCUGACGUUGCCUCACGGGGUGCCUCCUCCCCCGCCCCCGUCUCUCGAACGCAGCCGGGCGCCGUUCCCCCAGCCGCCCCCUCCUCUCCCAGUGGUACACCGCGGCGUCCCCCCGAUCCCCAGCCCUCCCCCCCCCCCCCGGCAAUCCUGUCUGCCCUUUCCGGCUCCUCCCCUCGCUUCCGAGCACGGGGCCUUCCAUCAAGGAACGAUGAAAGACCAUUUUAGUCUGCCGCCAGGAGCCCCCCGAGAGCCAGGAGCCCAGCCUCAGUGCGACCACAGCGGUCAGCCCCUUGGCCGGGCUCGAGAAAGCUUGGGCUUAGCAGCCCUCUCCCGAGAUCCGCUGGGCUCGGCCCUCUCCGUGGGGUCCUCAGUCCCCGCUCAGCGAAACGGCACAAACCGAGGCGGGCUGGGGGUCAGGAACCAGCGGCCGGAUUUUAGACCCCGGGAGUUCUUCUUAAACCGAGAUCCCUUUAACAGCCUGAAAAGGCCCCGGCCCCCGUUCGCCCGGGGCCCCCCCUUCUUCGUACCAAAACGUCCCUUCUUCCCUCCCAGGUACUGAGCGAAGGCGUGUCCGAACUUUCUGAAGCAGCGCUAGCGGCACU